AUGUUUAUCUACACAAGAAAUCUGCCCUUAUCUAUCUAUCUAUCUAUCUAUCUAUCUAUCUAUCCCAAUCAUCCUUUUAAUUAUUUUCUUCCUUACUUUCUCCUUUUAACUAUCUUCCUCCACCUCCUCCCCCAUCUUUCUUUUUACUAUCUUCUUCCUCUCCCGCUUCUUUUUACUCUCUUCUUCCUCUCCCCCUUCUUUUUACUAUCUUCUUCCUCCCCCCUUCUUUUUACCAUCUUCUUCCUCCCCCCUUCUUUUUUUACCUAUCUUCUUCCUCUCCCCCUUCUUUUUUACUAUCUUCUUCCUCUCUUCUUCCUCUCCCUUCUUUUUACUAUCUUCUUCCUCCCCCUUCUUUUUACUAUCUUCUUCCUCUCCCCCCCUUCUUUUUUCUUCUAUCUUCUUCCCCCCCUUCUUUUUUACUAUCUUCUUCCUCUCCCCUUCUUUUUUACUUCUUUUUUUCCCCCUUCUUUUUUACUAUCUUCUUCCCUCUCCCCUUCUUUUUUUUAUCUUCUUUUUACUCUCCCCCCUUCUUUUUACUAUCUUCUUCCUCCCCCUUAUUUUUACUAUCUUCUUCCUCUCCCCUUCUUUUUUCCUAUCUUCUUCCUCUCCCCUUUUUUACUAUCUUCUUCCUCUCCCUUUUUUUACUUUUUCCUCUCCCCCUUAUCUUCUUCCUCUCCCCUUCUUUUUACUAUCUUCUUCCUCCCCCUUCUUUUUUCCCCCCCCCUUCUUCUUUUUUCCUAUCUUCUUCUUCCUCUCCCUUCUUCUUCUUUUUUUACUAUCUUCUUCCUCUCCCCUUCUUUUUUUACUAUCUUCUUCCUCUCCCCCUUCUUUUUUUACUAUCUUCUUCCUCUCCCCCUUCCUCUUCUUCCCCUUCUUUUACUAUCUUCUUCUCUCCCCUUCUUUUUUACUAUCUUCUUCCUCUCCCCCUUCUUUUUACUAUCUUCUUCCUCUCCCUUCUUCUUUUUUUAUCUUCUUCCUCCCUUCUUUUUUUCUUCUUCCUCUCUUUUUUUUACUAUCUUCUUCCUCCCCCUUCUUUUUUACUAUCUUCUUUCUUCCCCCCUUUUUUACUAUCUUCUUCCUCUCUCCCCCUUCUUUUUUAUCUUCUUCCUUCUCCCCCCUUCUUUUUACUAUCUUCUUCCUCCCCCUUCUUUUUUCCUAUCUUCUUUUUUACCAUCUUCUCCCCCCUUCUUUUUUCUUCUAUCUUCUUCUUUUUUACUCUUCUUCCUCUCCCCCUUCUUUUUUUCUUCCUCCUAUCUUCUUCCUCUCCCCCUCUUUUUACUAUCUUCUUCCUCUCCCCUUCUUUUUACUAUCUUCUUCCUCUCCCCUUCUUUUUUACUAUCUUCUUCUUCUUCCCCCUUCUUUUUUACUAUCUUCUUCUCUCCUUCUUUUUUACUAUCUUCUUCCUCUCCCCCUUCUUUUUACUAUCUUCUUCCUCUCCCUUUCUUUUUACUAUCUUCUUCCUCCCCUUCUUCUUUUACCAUCUUCUUCCUCCCCCUUUUUUUCCUUUCUUUUUACUUCUUCUUCUCCCCUUCUUUUUUUUUACUAUCUUCUUCCUCCCCCCCCCUUCUUUUUUCUUUUUACUAUCUUCUUCCUCCCCCUUCUUUUUUACUAUCUUCUUCCCCCCCUUCUUUUUACUAUCUUCUUCCUCCUCCCCACCUUCUUUUUCUUUUACUAUCUUCUUCCUCCCCCUUCUUUUUACUAUCUUCUUCCUCUUUUUACCCCUUCUUUUUUACUAUCUUCUUCCUCUCCCCUUCUUUUUUACUAUCUUCUUCCUCUCCCCUUCUUUUUUACUAUCUUCUUCCCCCUUUUUACCUUCUUUUUUUACUAUCUUCUUCCUCCCCCCUUCUUUUUUACUAUCUUCUUCCUCUCCCUUCUUUUUUACUAUCUUCUUCCUCUCCCCCUUUUUUUACUAUCUUCUUCCUCCCCUUCUUUUACUUCUUCCUCUCCCCUUCUUUUUCUUCUUCUUCUCUCCCUUCUUUUUACCAUCUUCUUCCUCUCCCCUUCUUUUUUACCAUCUUCUUCUUCCUUCUUUUACUUCUUUUUACCUUCUUCUUCUUCUUCCCCCCUUCUUUUUACCAUCUUCUUCCUCUCCCCCUUCUUUUUAUCUUCUUCCUCUCCCCCCCCUUUUUUACUAUCUUCUUUUUACCCUUCUUUUUUUAUCUUCUUCCUCUCCCCUUCUUUUUACUAUCUUCUUCUUCCUCUCCCCUUCUUUUUACUAUCUUCUUCUCUCUCCCCUUCUUUUUACUAUCUUCUUCCUCCCCCCCUUCUUUUUACUAUCUUCUUCCUCUCCCGCUUCUUUUUACUAUCUUCUUCCUCUCCCCUAUCUUCUUCCUUCCCCCUUUUUUUACUAUCUUCUUCCUCUCCCCCCCCUUCUUUUUUACUAUCUUCUUCCUCCCCUUCUUUUUUUACUAUCUUCUCUUCUUUUUACUAUCUCCCCUUCUUUUUACUAUCUUCUUCCUCUCCCCUUCUUUUUUUUCUAUCUUCUUCCUCUCCCCUUUUUUUUACUAUCUUUCCUUCCCCUUCUCCCCUUCUUCUUUUUUUCAUCUUCUUCUUCUCCCCCUUCUUUUUACCAUCUUCUUCCUCCCCCUUCUUUUUACUUUUUCUUCUUCUUCCCCUUCCCCUUCUUUUUUUCUUUUUACUAUCUUCUUCCUCUCCCCUUCUUUUUACUAUCUUCUUCCUCUCCCUUUCUUUUUACUAUCUAUCUUCUUCCUCCUUCCUCCCCCCCUUUUUUACUAUCUUCUUCCUCUCCCGCUUCUUUUUACUAUCUUCUUCCUCUCCCCCUUCUUUUUACUAUCUUCUUCCUCUCCCCCUUCUUUUUACUAUCUUCUUCCUCUCCCCUUCUUUUUACUAUCUUCUUCCUCUCCCCCUUCUUUUUACUAUCUUCUUCCUCUCCCCCUUCUUUUUACUAUCUUCUUCCUCUCCCGCUUCUUUUUACUAUCUUCUUCCUCUCCCCCUUCUUUUUACUAUCUUCUUCCUCUCCCCCUUCUUUUUACCAUCUUCUUCCUUCUUUUACCCCUUCUUUUUUUUUUACUUCUUCUUCCCCCUCUCCCCUUUUUCCUUUCUUUUUUUCUAUCUUCUUCCUCUUCCCUUUCUUUUUACUAUCUUCUUCCCCCCCCCUCUCCCCCUUCUUUUUUACUAUCUUCUUCCUCCCCUUCUUCUUUUUUUACUAUCUUCUUCCUCCCCCCUUCUUUUACUAUCUUCUUCCUUUUUUUUACUAUCUUCUUCCUCCCCCCUUCUUUUUUACUAUCUUCUUCCUCUCCCCUUCUUUUUUCUGUUUACUAUCUUCUUCCUCUCCCCUUCUUUUUACUAUCUUCUUCCUCUCCCUUCUUUUUACUAUCUUCUCUUCUCCUUCUUCUUUUUACUAUCUUCUUCCUCCCCCUCCCUUCUUUUUACUAUCUUCUUCUUCUCUCCCUAUCAUCUUCUUUUACUAUCUUCUUCCUCUCCCCCUUCUUUUUUACUAUCUUCUUCCUCUCCCCCCUUCUUUUUACUAUCUUCUUCCUCUCCCCUUCUUUUUUUUCCUAUCUUCUUCCUCCCCCCUUCUUUUUUUACUAUCUUCUUCCUCUCCCCCUUCUUUUUACUAUCUUCUUCCUCUCCCCUUCUUCUUUUUUUUACAUCUUCUUCUUCCUUCCUCUCCCUUCUUUUUUACUAUCUUCUUCCUCCCCUUCUUCUUUUUACUAUCUUCUUCCUCUCCCCCUUCUUUUUACUUUUACUAUCUUCUUCCUCUCCCCUUCUUUUUACUUCUUUUUACUUCUUUUACUAUCUUCUUCUCUCCCCUUCUUUUUACUAUCUUCUUCCUCUCCCCCUUCUUUUUUACCAUCUUCUUCCUCCCCCUUCUUUUUACUAUCUUCUUCCCCUCUCCCCCUUCUUUUUUUUACUAUCUUCUUCCUCUCCCCUUCUUUUACUAUCUUCUUCCUCUCCCCUUCUUUUUACUAUCUUCUUCCUCCCCCUUCUUUUUUACUAUCUUCUUCCCUCUCCCUUCUUUUUUACUAUCUUUCUUCUUUCUUUUUACCUUCUUCCCCCCUUCUUUUACUAUCUUCUUCCUCUCCCCCUUCUUUUUUACCAUCUUCUUCCUCUCCUUCUUUUUACCCUUCUUUUUACUAUCUUCUUCCUCCCCUUCCCUUCUUUUUUACUAUCUUCUUCCUCUCCCCCUUCUUUUACUAUCUUCUUCUUCUUUUUACCUCUUCCCCCCUUCUUUUUUUUUGCUCUUUCUUCCUCUCCCCUUCUUUUUACUAUCUUCUUCCUUCCUCCCCCCCCUUUUUUUACUAUCUUCUUCCCCCCUUCUUUUUACUAUCUUCUUCCUCUCCCCUUCUUUUUACUACCCCUUCUUUUUUACCAUCUUCUCCCUUCUUUUUUUUUUUUCCUCCUUCUUUUAAUAUCCUUCUUCCUCUUUUUUACUAUCUUCUUCCUCUCCCCACUUUUUUUUUCUAUCUUCUUCCCCCCCCCUUCUUUUUAUCUUCUUCUUCCCCCCUUCUUUUUCUAUCUUCUUCCUCCCCCUUCUUUUUUACUAUCUUCUUCCUCUCCCCCUUCUUUUUACUAUCUUCUUCCUCUCCCUUCUUCCUUCUUUUUUUUACUAUCUUCUUUUAUCUCCCUCUUUUUUUUUUAUCUUCUUCCUCUCCCCCUUCUUUUUACUAUCUUCUUCCUCUUCCCCUUCUUUUUAUCUUCUUCUUCUUCCUCUCCCCUUUUUUUUUACUAUCUUCUUCCUCCCCUUCUUUUACUAUCUUUUCCUCUCCCCCUUCUUUUUUUUUACUCUCCCCUCUUCUUCUUCCUCUCCCUUUUUUUUUACUAUCUUCUUCCUCCCCCUUCUUUUUUUUCUUCCCUCUCCUCUUUUUUUUACUAUCUUUUUCCUCCCCCCUUACUUUUUCUCUUCUUUUCUUCCUCCUCCCCCUUCUUUUUUACUAUCUUUUUUCUCCCCUUCUUUUUUCCUCUUCCUCCCCCCUUCUUUUUACUAUCUUCUUCCUCUCCCCUUCUUUUUUUUUCUUCCUCUCCCCUUCUUUUUACUAUCUUCUUUUCUCCCCUUCUUUUUUUUACUAUCUUCUUCCUCUCCCCUUCUUUUUUUACUAUCUUCUUCCUCUCCCCCUUCUUUUUACUAUCUUCUUCUUUUCCUACUUAAUUUUAUUAUAUUUUUCAUCUCCUCAUUUUUACUUUAUAUAUUUGAGCUAG